AAUUUCUUACAUUGUUUGUUCACCCAAACUCAAGAUAAGCCUUCGAGACCUUCCCAACCCAAGAAAUGAAGUUUUCGACCUUGUUCUCUCUCUUUCUGCUUUGUGUCUUCACCUCGUACCUUCCUUCAGCCAACGCUGAUCUGGUCGACACUGAUGGUAAUCCUCUUCGAAAUGGUGGCAAAUACUUUAUAAGGCCAGUUAUAAUAACCGGAAAUGGUGGUGGAGUACAAUUCGCAGCAACCGGAAACGAAACUUGCCCUUUAUCUGUUAUCCAGCUUCCUAGUCCUUUCUCUAACGGCCUACCGGUACAAAUUUCAUCUCCAAUCAAAUUCCUUUUCAUAAAAGAAAACUUUAAUUUGGACAUUGGGUUCACUUUUGUACCUCCGUGUGCUCCCACUCCAUCUAAGUGGACUGUUGUGAGGGGUGAGGGAGAUCGUCACCCUGUUAAACUUAAUGGGUACGACAACACAGUAGCCGGUUGGUUUAAAAUUAAGAGCGUUCCGGUUGAAAUUGGAGGCUACAACCUCUUGUUCUGUCCUGAGAAUGGUUAUUGUGGCUAUGUUGGAGUUGAUAUUGAUUCUAGUAGAAACAGGGUUUUGGUGGUGGCUCAGGAUGAGAACGCUGCCAUGUGGAUCCAGUUUCAGAGAGUUUACGGAUCAUCUGAAACUGCAAUUACACAAGCAACUGCGUGAACUACCAAUGCCCCUAAAAAGUCAUGCGAUGUGUAGUUAGUUUCUCUUAAUGAGAGACAAGAAUAAUGGAAGCACUUUGUUGUAAUAAACUGUUGCAUGACUAAAUAAACUUAAGUUAGUAAAGAGUAUUUUUGUGAGUAUGAGAGUAUAAAAUGAAUAUUAGAUUAGUGUA